GAACUGGUUGAUAGAUCAUUGGUUAAGAGUUACUAACAUUGAUCUUGUGUGUUGUUUUGAUGUUCCUAAGGGUGGUAAGAGUCGGAGCAAGUCCAAGAGGACUAAGGAUGGAGCUGGAGCAUCUGGCCAAGGUGGCGCGGAUGGAGCCAAUCCAAGUGUGGUGCUGCCUAACCCAAGCAUUGGUGUGGACAGUACAACUGGAUUGCCUUUGGCUCGGAUCAUUCCGACUGAGGUUCAUGGAGGUCUAGUGGAACAGCAGCAAAAGGCGGCUGAAGAGACUAGGCAGCAGCUGGAGCAAGCUGAACUAGCUAGACAGCUGCAAGAGCAAGCUGAGGAAGCUGCAAGGCAGCUACAAGAUGACAUGGAGGCUGAGGGAGAGUCCUCACAUGCUGGUGAUCAAGGCGGCCGAGGCAUUGGUGCAGCCAAUGGUGGAGCUAACCAAGGAAACCAGCUGGUGGAACCUACCAUGAAAGAGGUGCUUGAUGCAAUCAGGCUCAUGGGUAGUCAGAUGCUGGCUAUGACCCAAGUAAUCACUCCAUUGGUGAAUUCAUCCGUGGGGCAAGCUCCACAAGUUCAGGUGGUGGUACCAGGAGCUGCUGGACAAGUUGCACCAGUUGAUGAGGUGAUUGAACUUGAUCCGCCAGCUAGAAGAUCUGGUAAGGUGGAUUACCUGAAGGUGCUAGAGCACAUAUCUCGCCUAGGGACAAAGCAUUUUGCUGGAAGUGCUGACCCUAUGGAGGCGGAUGAAUGGAGGGACAGGCUGGCCCGGAACUUCAAGUCUACAAGGUGCCCUGAGGAGUACCAGAGAGACAUAGCAGUGCACUUCCUGGAGGGAGAUGCACACAACUGGUGGCUGUCUGUGGACAAGCGCACCAAUGGUUCUAUUGAGAAGUUCUCUGACUUUGAGGUUGAGUUCAACCACAAGUACUUCCCAGCUGAAGCAUGGGAUCGUUUGGAGGCCAAGUUCUUGGAUUUGACCCAAGGGCGUAGGUCAGUCAGGGAGUAUGAAGAGGAGUUCAACCGGCUCAGGAAGUAUGUGGGUAAGGAGUUGGAGGAUGAGAAAGUUCAGGUCCGCAGGUUCAUAAGAGGCCUUAGGGUCGAGCUCCGGACCUACUGCUCAGUCCGUACCUUCCGUACUGUCUCUGAGUUGGUGGAGCGUAUGGCAAUGCUGGAGACUAACCUUGCUGAAGAGGCCAGACUCAAGAGUAGGAGUCAGGCAAGUGGUACUGGUCAUGCUGGUGACCGGAAGAGGAAGAGAGAUUCAAGUGAUGAGGGUAAGACCUCAGGUGGAAGGCCGGAGUGCCAAAAGUGUGGAAGGCGCCAUGGUGGUGAGUGCUGGAGAGCUAUGGGAGCUUGCACAAGGUGUGGCAAGAUGGACCACUCAGUCCGGGACUGUCCUGGACCAGAUCAGAGUCGUGGUCAAGCGGCUGGUGGUGACUCUAGGACUUGCUUCCAGUGUGGGAAGGCCGGACACUUCCGAAAGGACUGUCCUAAGCUUCAGGCUGGAUCAGGCAGGAUGAGGUCUGAGGUUAGCAAGCCGGAACCAAGCCGUGGCCAGACUUCUGCACCAAGGGUCUAUGAGUUGUCUAAGGACACUGAUGAGGCCAAGCCUUUCAUGGCGAUCACUGGUAAUGAUCUGAUCUUAUUCUUUUUAAAUUUUUAGAAAUGCAUGGU